AUGUCGUUGACCGAAUCCACCCCCGAGUCCGCAGCCAAAGCUGCUUCGCGAGCAGCGCGAAGCCUGUCCGUGCUGCCCGUGGAUGAGCGCAAUGAUGCCCUCACCGCCAUGCACAGCGCUCUGGCCGCGAACCGAGAACAAAUCCUGGCCGCCAAUGCGCGCGACAUGGCACGAGCUACACAAGCGUCUCAAUCCGGACACCUGAGCCAGAGCGUGCUGAGGCGCCUCGACUUGUCGCGCCCAGGCAAAUUCGACGACAUGCUCUCGGGCAUAUUGGACGUGCGUGGCCUCGACGAUCCCAUCGACCGAGUCGACCUGCGGACCAAACUGGACGAUGGGCUCGAGCUGGAGCGUGUCUCCUGUCCCAUUGGCGUCCUGCUCAUUAUUUUCGAGGCCCGGCCUGAGGUCAUUGCCAACAUUGCGGCGCUGGCGAUUAAGUCGGGAAACGCGGCGAUUUUGAAGGGCGGCAAAGAGAGUGCUGAGUCCUUCGUGGCUAUUGCGACUGCCAUUGGCGCUGCGUUGGAAUCUACGCUGGUCCCUAUCGCCGCUAUACAGCUAGUCAAGACAAGAGAUGUCAUUGAUCGGCUACUGGGUUUGGAUCGGUACAUCGACCUCGUCAUCCCGAGGGGCGGCAACGAGCUGGUCCGCUAUGUCAAGGAGCACACGAAGAUUCCGGUGCUAGGCCACGCGGAUGGGCUGUGCAGUGUGUAUAUCCACUCAGACGCCGAUAAAGAUGUCGCGGUGAAGGUCGUCGUUGAUUCUAAAUGUGGUUACCCUGCUGCCUGCAAUUCCGCCGAGACACUGCUGGUUCAUGAAGGAGUGUUGAAGACUGUUUUGCCCACGGUGACUGAAGCGCUCUUUGCAAAGGGUGUAUCGUUACGGUGUGACGAGAAAAGUAAAGCGGCGUUGAAGAAGUCCUUGUCUCCUGCAUCUGCGGCCCUGGUGCAAGAUGCUACCGAGGAAGAUUAUAAUACCGAAUUCCUGGACUUGGUCAUGGCCGUCAAGACUGUCCCAGCAUCCUCAUCUACAAAUACAGGUAUAACAAACGGCCACUCGACCGACAACGACGCAUCCCUCGACCUCGCCAUCUCACACAUCAACACGCACGGCUCCAAGCACACCGAUUCCAUCGUAACCACUUCAUCGGCCGCAGCUGAGAAGUUCAUGUCCGCCAUCGACUCUGCCGGCGUGUACUGGAACGCGUCCACGCGGUUUGCAGACGGUAUGCGCUAUGGCUUUGGCACCGAAGUCGGUAUCAGCACGAACAAGAUUCAUUCCCGUGGACCCGUGGGUCUAGAAGGGCUAACUAUUUACAAGUACAAGAUUAGAGGUACUGGGCAGACGGCGGCAGAAUACGGUGAGGGAAAGGGCAGGAGGAAGUUUAUGCAUGAAAGGAUUGCUUUGUGA